UCAUACAAAUAGUUAUAAAAAGCCUACUCAGCUCAAGAUACAGCUCAUGGCAUCACCCAGCAAUGACUCCACUGCCCCUGUCUCUGAAUUCCUCCUCAUCUGCUUCCCCAACUUCCAGAAUUGGCAGCACUGGCUGUCCCUGCCCCUCAGCCUCCUCUUCCUCCUGGCCAUGGGAGCCAAUGCCACCCUCCUGAUCACCAUCCGGCUGGAAGCCUCUCUGCACCAGCCCCUGUACUACCUGCUCAGCCUCCUCUCCCUGCUGGACAUCGUGCUCUGCCUCACUGUCAUCCCCAAGGUCCUGGCCAUCUUCUGGUUUGGCCUCAGUUCAAUCAGCUUCCCUGCCUGCUUCCUGCAGAUGUUCAUCAUGAACAGUUUCCUCCCCAUGGAGUCCUGCACGUUCAUGGUCAUGGCCUAUGACCGUUAUGUGGCCAUCUGCCACCCACUGCGGUACCCAUCCAUCAUCACUAAUCAAUUUGUGGCCAAAGCUAGUGUCUUCAUUGUGGUGCGGAAUGCCCUUUUUACUGCACCCAUUCCUAUCCUUACUUCCCUGCUCCAUUAUUGUGGGAAAAAUGUCAUUGAGAACUGCAUCUGUGCUAACCUGUCUGUGUCCAGGCUCUCCUGUGAUAAUUUCACCCUUAACAGAAUCUACCAAUUUGUGGCUGGUUGGACCUUGCUGGGCUCGGAUUUCAUCCUCAUCUUUCUCUCCUACACCUUCAUUCUAAGAGCUGUGCUUAGAUUUAAAGCAGAGGGGACAGCAGUGAAGGCCCUGAGCACAUGUGGCUCCCACUUUAUCCUCAUUCUUUUCUUCAGCACCAUCCUGCUGGUUGUUGUGUUGACAAAUGUGGCCAGAAAGAAGGUCCCCAUGGACAUCCUGAUCCUGCUCAAUGUCCUUCAUCACCUUAUUCCUCCUGCAUUGAACCCUAUUGUGUAUGGGGUUCGGACCAAAGAGAUAAAACAGGGAAUUCAGAAAUUACUGCAGAGAAGGAGGUGAAUAUGUAAAACAUUUCUAAUACCUGCCGUCCUUCCUCUCCAGUGAUUUUACCUAGACGGUGAAGUAGAGAAAUGCCAGUUAGGGGAGUAUUUAUUGCACACACUGAGGCUCCCUUCAUUACUGAACCAGUAAGGGAUGGUGAAUCCCUUCCUUCACUUUCCUUGUGUGGUUCAGGUGGAAGUAGGCAAGGGGAAGAAGCUCGUAUUUAUUGUGACUGCUUUGAACCACGCAGUUACAUUUAAGUAAUUUAAGCUUCAAUACAGCUCUGCAGGCACUGUUACCUUCAUUUCACAUAAUAGAAAAAGAGAUGCUUUUAGGAAGAAAAUGGCCGAAGAUCACAUAUGUGGGAAGCAAAAAUAAUAAAACUUAGGCUCUUUCUACAUAGUUGAAAUGCCUCAUCAAUUGCAAUUGAAGCUGAAGAGCAGCCUUUGCUCUCCUUCGACCUGUGUUUUGCCUUUCUGGAUGUCCACAGGUAUUUUCUGCCUAUUCUUAAUUCUUGGAGACCCAAGGGACUUCUCAGAGAAGGCAGAGUCUUGCCUGACCAAUCUUCUGCUGGGAAACAAGAAAAGAGCUUUACAGCAAUAUAAAGCAAUGCCAGCUUUCUAUUCUAUCCUACACACCCUCAUCACCUGAGACAGUCUUGAAAGUGAGGAUUCUUGCAGACAGGAAGAGGGGACUCUGAGAGGGUAAGAAACAGAAAAGCUGGCUAGGCUAUUGUGUUGACCACUUUCCCUAUAUGUGUAAGCUACACAUUCAGUGAACUGAAUGAAUACAAAGUCUUAUUUGAUCUGUUAACUGCCCAAGUGCUCUAGUUGAAUGUGGGAAGAUAUGACAUAGUGUCAGGUUUCUGGAUAACAAUGUUCCAGUUAGGUAAAACAAAACAAAACAAAAACAUACACUGGUUAUUUACAGAUAAUUUAAUGUAAACAAUUGGUUUUGUUGAAAAAAGGAGGCUCAAGUAAUGGAAAUUGCAUCAAGGGGAAGAAACUUCCACUUAGAAAGAGGCUGGGUCAUUAGAACCUAAGAGGCUAGGAAGUAGCCCAUAUCUCAGAUCUCCGAAGAAGGAUGCUGUCUCUAAUUGGUAUCAUGCCACAGGACCUCAAAGGUUGUGGCCCUUAGAGCUGGGACUAAAACCUUUGAGGAUGAGACACUUCCCUGAUGGUGCUGGUAUUUUUGAGAGAGUUCAAUGAGGGUGAUUUUGAGAGCUAAACAAAAACCAAAACCGAUCAACCAACUAACCAAUCUGGAGACUAGAAUCAAUUCCACUUCCAUGGUGAAGAGUUGCUGCUAAGGAAUACUGACUGACAAGGCAGGAACAGAAAGAGAGAGCAUGUGCCCAUCUCCCUGUUUCAACCUUCUAAUGUUCCUGCUGCUCUCUGUAGGUAGAAACUCAGAGAGUGACAGCUGACAAAGAAGGGGUUCGACUUCCAGCACCAGCAUCACAGAGUACAGCAUGGAUGGCAGGCUUGGGUCUGAGAGAUAAGUGUUAGUAACUGACGCAGCUCCAAUCUUCUGUGGGUCUGAAAGCUUGUGAUUACUGAGGAGCAGCUAUAACGUCACCCUGCAGUGCAGUGUUGCCACCAGGAACUAGAGUCAGAAUCAAGUCCCCUAAUGCAGGUGGGUGGAGAAACAUGACAUCGUGUUUAGGGGCAGCAUUCAGAGCCAUGAAGGAAUUGUCAUGAAGCUGGAGUAAGAUCAAAUGCCCCAUUGUGGGGAUUAGAUAAAGUAACUGCAACCCAAUGCUGGUGUGGGCAGUAGGGGCAGAGUUUCUUCCAGUCACUCAACAAGAGCAGGAAAAAAAAAUGAUACCCACUGGCUUACAGGAAGAGGCUCUAGCACCCUCAGGCUCGGCUCUCAUUAUCUCAAGCCAGAGCCACAGGUGCAAUUCAGUAUUUGUAAUUUUUUUAAGAAGAGAAAUCUCUAAUAGAACUUCUCUCCAUCUCAGAGAUGCUAGGAGUUUUACCUACCACUGCUUUCCUAUUGUUCCUCAGAGGUUAUAAAUGCCCACUUCAGCACUGAUCUUCUAAUAUAAGACUUAUAAUGAAAAUCAAAGUUCAUGUGUCUUGAGCACUUGCAAUAUACCAAUGUCUAUAAGUGAUAAUAUACAAUUUUCAUGAGAGACUUCCAUACAUUAUUAUAAAAGUGAUUUUUUAACAAGGAAUCUAAUAGGACAUAAUUCAUAGAAACAUAAUCUGGAAUCAGGUGAUAUUUUCAAGCAUUUGGUCAACUCCACUGGUCUUUCCAGGAGCUCUUUCUCUGCUUCUGUCAGGAUUUCACCUGGUGGCAAGCCCAGAAUUAACUCAAAGAGGAGUCUAUGUUAUUUGGCUAAAACUCAGAUCUUAAUUCCUGACCAGGCUUCUGUAGAUCGAUGCAAAUGCCUAACACAGUUAUGAGGUGCUUGACUCAAACUGUGUGUACAUAAGGACAGAAACUGCCAGCUUUGUUGUGGGGAUCUGUAAAGGAUACAGGGACCAAGACAGCAGUGAGACAGCAGUGGUCACCCCUCACGGUAACUAGCACAGCUCACACACAGUGAGGGGCUCAGUAAACAUUUCCUUACUUAUGACAUUGAACUGGCUAAGCGAAGAGUUGAAAACUCAUGUCUACCUUUAAUCUCUAGUUCCCCAGUAGUAGAGUCCUAAAUAUAAGAAAUGAUAAGCCACAUACUUAAAGUUGGCUCUCUGCUCUGGUUCUAAGUACAGAGGUUUAGAGGACCACAGAUUUCUCACAAAAUUGUCAAGCUUAUGCAAGUAGUAAAGUAACUGGCCUCAAGGGUCUAGAUAGGUUUUGGAGUAAAUCCUCAAACAGAUGAUAAAGGAGCAAGAUAACCAAAAAAUCAGGCCUUGAAGAGCAGACCCAACUCUGCUGUGAAGUCCCCACAGCAAAAUGUAAAAAGUGUCUUCUCUGUAGAAGUUUUCGAGCACUGUCUUGAAUGCAUAUAAUGAAGUAGUAUAAAUUAAAGGCAUUUUAAAUGGA